AUGAAUUUCGGGGGCAAAAUUCGAAUAAAUAAACUUGGAAUAUGUAUUAUUGUGGGUGCUAUGUUUCUAUUUGUUUAUUACAUGACUUCAAAUAAAAGUAGUAAUUUAGAAACCAAAAGUGUUGUAAGUUUAAAAAAGUUGUUGAUCGCCUCUAUCGAAGCCACUGUAAAAGGUGGUAAAGAGGUUGUAGACGUUUAUAAAAGUUCAAAAUUAAAUGAAAGAAGUAAAGGGAAAACUAAGGAAGGAGUAAAUGAUCCUAUAACGGAUGCUGAUGAAAAAUCUAAUUGUGCAAUGUUUUAUAGCUUGACUCAUACUUUUCCAGACAUAAAAGUGGUUUCAGAAGAAGUUUCAUCUGAAUCAGAUUGUAGAACUUUACAAACUUUAGAUUUAGAUGAACAAGUUUUAUCAUCGGAAGUAACAAUGUGGAUUGAUCCAUUGGAUGCUACUAAAGAGUUCACUGAAAAUUUAUUAGAAUAUGUGACUACUAUGGCAUGUGUAGCUGUCAAUGGUGAACCUGUAAUUGGAGUCAUACAUUUUCCUUUUGGAGAAGAACCAAAGACUUAUUGGGGAUGGGUGGGCAAAGGAGUAUCUGAAGAAUUAUAUGCCAAGUUUCAAAAAAAAUUAGAUGACUCUCAUCCCAUUGUGAUUGUUUCAAGGUCACAUUCUGGACAAGUUGAAAGCAUUGUUAAAGAGGCAUUUGGAAACAGUUUUAGUGUAAUUAAAGCCGGAGGAGCUGGUUACAAGAGUUUAGAAGUCUGUAGCAAAAAUGUUACUGCUUAUGUUCACACUUCUGUUAUAAAAAAAUGGGAUAUAUGUGCAGGAAAUGCUAUAAUUAAAGCUUUAGGGGGUAAAAUGACAACAUUAAAAAAUGAAGACAUUAAUUAUAAGGAUAUAAAAAACACAGUUAACUCUGAUGGAAUAUUAGCCACUAUUGAAAAUCAUGAUAAACUUAUUAAACAUUUUAAAAUUAUUUAG